AUGACGAGGAAGAAGAGCAAGGAAGAGCCUCCAGCUCUCCGGGGAGCUGAGGGCUGGCAGGUUUACAAAACCCUCCAUCUUCAUAUGUAUAUCUUUGAGAUUUAUGUUAAAAAUAGAUUUCAGCAGCUGUUCCGUGGUAUAAUUAUCCCCAUGACAUCAGCGGUACAUCCCGUACCAACUUCUUUUGUUGUCACUCACCAAAUGCCACCAAGAAUCACGUACUGUUCAGCGAUGACAGCUGCUUUGUGGGCACUUGGGUGUAGAACUGUGGUCUUCGCAGACGCCUUCCUCAGUCCUGUGGAUAGCCUGAAAGUUGUCCGGCAUCCUAUGGAGCUGACGGUAGCCAAUAACAUUGUCAGAGCCACCCAGAGAGUUUGUGUCUCUGAUGCAGUGACUCGACAAAAGUCACUUGGCGGGAGAGAAAGGGUUUACCUGACUGACACAGGAGAGACGCCAAGGCAGUACCCUGCAGAUUACCUUAACGAAAGGUUCAAUAAGCCAUAUUCAGUGGCUUCAGAAUCAUUUCUCCCUGAUCGAAGGAAAUCAAAAGGAAAACAGGAACAAAGUAAUGCCAAUACAAAAUCGAAGAAAGCCCGGCUCAUAUCGUUCGACUGGGCAGAACCUGAAGAGCCUGAUGCCAUAAAACAAAUUUUGAGGCUAAGAGAAAAGCUUGAAUGGGAAACGCCGGUAUUUCCACGUUAUAUGAAGUAUCGUCCUAGGACUCAUGUUCCAAAGUACAGUCUAAAGGAACCUCUGAAAGAUGAUGGUGAGUUUGUAUACUGCCUUCCUCUGGAGAACAGCAAAGGCAUUUUCAAUGAGUAUGAUCUCCAAGCAGUCUCUGCCUACAGAGCUAAAAAUUGCAAAGAAUUUUGGAUGGUUAGCGCUUCAUAUGUCUCAAAGGUCACUAAAGUAGACCCCGACGAGGAAGAAGUGGAACUUAUGCCUACUCUGGACUGGCUUUCGGAAAGACAUUGCUUCUAUCUGCUGCAGGAAUUUAAGAUCUUUUCCAACUUCCGGAUAAACAAAGCUUUUGUUACUUGGAAACUGAAUGUUAAAAGACUUAAGACUGAAAAGAGCAGAUUGUACUUGUACAGCCACCUUUUUUCUGCUGAUGAAUUAUCUCAAAGCUGUUUGCUUUAUGUAAAAGGACUCUUUGAAGAUGCCCUGAGUGCCAAGAACAACAACCAAGACAAUCAGUCAGCCAUAUUCCUUAUCAAGCUGGACGCUUGCCGAACAUACACUCUGGAAGCAUUUUGUGAAGAGCAGUUACAGCAAGCCGCCCACGCAGUGGCACAACUUGAGGAGAUCAAGAACAAAGUAAUUGCAAAGAUAAAGAGUACACUCUUGAAGGUUGCAGAAAAAAAAGAUGUUAAAGAAUACUUUGAGGAAGACCCAUGUGAUGUUGACACAAUGCAUUUCAAGCUGCCCCAGUAUCGGUGUUUAUUAGAAACCAAUUUCAAGUUUUUACGGCUGAUCGACUACCUGUUUCAAGAGCUCAUUCGCCAGCUCAUGAACUCUGCAGUCAACCAACUUUUGGAACACUUCAUUGGUUCUUUCGGGAUGCCAUUUUCAAAGGAAAAGUUAAAUGAGGGUCUCAUGAAUGGCUCCAGUCCUUUUCCCCACGAGCGGAGCGUGGUUUAUCAUCGAGCACACGUGGGGAUGAAUGAAGCUCUGGCUGCAAUCCACAGAGCCCCCAUGGUGGGCCUCCCCUGUAACACACCCUGUGCUUUCCUAGCUCAGACUCCGUGCCUCGAUGUUCUCCAGUCUGUUUCUCUUCCUGCUGAAGUAAGAGCAAGGAAGAUCCUUUCUAGAAUGAUGUCAAGUAGUGAAGAACUCAUUAAUUCAAGCUUAACUGCUCUUCCUAUUCAAAACUCAGAACAAAAACUAGACACUGAUAUUAAUAAGAUAUUAAGUAGAAGUAAAGCAGAGAUAACUCUGAAGAAAAGGUAUGCACCAAUAUUUGAGGUAAACCUCUGUUUGAGAGUUCCCAGCGACAGUGCCUCUUCUGAGGACAUUGAAGAGAACAGUCAGAGGAUGGAGCAGCACCGCGAUGAGUCUGUGGUAUAUGAGGAUCUGGAACUGUCAGAAAACAGAAAGAGAACCUCUGCUGACAGCCUGGUCAUGAAAUACAGUCAGCCGAGCCAGUUUGGCAUGCUCCUCAAGCAAAUCCUAUCCGAAGACUCAGGGCUCCACCUUGAUUCUGUGUAUGAACCCACUGGUGAGAAAUUUUCUGAAUUUCCAACAAACCUCUUUCUGCAACCCAACAGACUGGACUUUUCAGAACAAUUCCAAAAUAUGAUAGCAACUAUAGAAAAAUACAUAACCACCAUCAUUCCUCUUCACCAAGAUCCUCGCCUGUUUACCUUUAUUAGUUUGGUUUCAGUUCUGGAUUUAUCUACUCAGAGAGAAAGUGUAAUCAAAUAUAAAAAGCACACCCGAUGGCCGGAUCACCAUAUCCUUUUUGAAACAGAUAAUGACUACCAAAACAACAUUGUGACUCUGCUGGCUAUUAUUGGUAAUUCAAUGGGCCUGGUUAGCGAUUACAGCCACAAGUUUCUAAAAUUCUGUCACAUGGUAGAAAAGGCCAAAGUCAUGAUUAUGAGAUUGCCAUUUAUGGGGAACUUAACAGCAGCUGAGUUUAAAAGUAUAAUACAGAAGUUCAGAAGCUACCUGAAACAGAUGGUGACUAUGGCUAUUGAGAAGCGCCUGGGAAUCUUCUGCGUAAAAAGUUUGGAUUAUCAAUUAGCAUGCUUACCAUAUGUUGAUAACGUCAUGCAGAUGAGCUAUGACCUGAUACGGUCUUCAAUUGAGGGAAAAAACACAAAUCUAUUUGAAAUUUUAGAGUCCUCACUGUGCCAGCUGGAAACUGAGCCUGUAGAAGUCGAAGAAUUUGUGGAGCAUUUUAAUUUUCUGAAUGAUAUUUCCUCGAAUAUACCUCAAUUAGAAAACGACUUCUCCGUAAUUUCUGAGCUGUAUUCUGUGGUGAGGUAUUACCAGAUCGAUAUUUCAGAAGAGCAGGUUGCCAUCUACAGAAUCCUCUUCAUGAAGUUUAACCAUCUGAAAACAGCAAUACGGUUAAUCAUCAAAAACAAAGAGAUCACCCUAACGAAAUUCAGGAACAGUUUGGAAGCAUAUAUCAUUGGACUACGAGUAGAUGCACGUAAUUUAAAAGAUAAAAUAAGAAGUCCCAUUCUGCUCAAUGCCAGUACUCCAGCGUCAACAGCCAAGGAGAUGGUCGCGUCUUUCUCAGAAGAAGCUGCAAUGUUGACUCAAAAAGUGAAAAAGUACUCACGCUACCAGGCCUACUAUGAUGACACCCAUUCCCAUAUGUACUCCCUUAACAUCGAAGAGAUCACUCAGAUUGUGUUGGCCGAGAUCUCUGACAUCGAGUGUGACCUGAUGCUGAGAAAAUUAUUAUGGGAGGCGCAAGAAGAGUGGGGGAUACAUUUCUGGAAAUGGAGACGGUGCACUCUCGAAAACAUCGAUGUCGAUAUAGUGAAGAGAAAUGUCUCCAACUGGCUGCAUAUAAUCAACAUCCUGGAAAAAGGUUUGCCUAAAAUUGAUAUGGUGGGCCACCUCAAGCAAUCAGUGGUAGACUUCAACCAAGAACUGCCAAUCAUCACGGCGCUGGGAAACCCGUGUCUCAAGCCACGGCACUGGGAGGCUCUGCAGCAGAUCACUGGAAAGUCAACUGUUCUUGAUAAAAACCUCUCAAUUGAGAAACUUCUAUCUCUCAAGAUGUUUCCGUAUGAAAAGAAAAUAAACGAGAUAGCAAUCUCAGCAACUAAUGAAGCUGCUCUUGAGAAGAUGAUGUUUAAGGUCAUUGAUCUCUGGAACACUUCCCCCUUGCACCUGGUUCUUCAUCACUCAGAGGGCUACUCCAUUCCAAUCAUCUCCUCCAUUGACGACAUUGUAGCUCAGUUGGAAGAAUCCCAGGCCAUCCUGGCUGUAAUCAAAGGCUCUUCCUACCAGAUCGCAAUUAAGGAUCUUGUGAGUGAAUGGAAUCAAAACCUAACCCUCUUCUCUUAUACCAUUGAUGAAUGGAUGAACUGUCAAAGAAAUUGGCUUAAUCUUGAACCAGUCUUUCAUUCUUUAGAAAUGCAAAGACAACUGACAGCAGAAACAAAGCUUUUCUCCCAGGUGCUUUCCAUGUGGAGAGAAAUAAUGUCUCGAGUACUGAACAAACUAAACGCGUUGCAUAUAACUGUCACUACAGGCAUCCUUGAAAUUCUGAAAACUUGCAAUGAGCAUCUUGAAACCAUUAAGAAAAGUCUUGAGGAAUUCCUUGAAAUUAAAAGAAUGAUUUUCCCGAGAUUUUACUUUCUCAGCAAUGCUGAACUUCUUGAUAUACUAGCCAUCAGCAGAAAUCCUCAGGCGGUGCAGCGUCAUCUUGUGAAAUGUUUUGAAAACAUAAGACACCUGCUGCUGUGGAGACAGGAAAUCGGCCCUCCUGCCGUGAAGGUGCUCAUCUCUGCCGAGGGAGAAGGCCUAGUGCUGCCCAAGAAAAUCCGUGUGAGAGCUGCUGUAGAACAGUGGAUGGUAAAUGUAGAAAAAAGCAUGUUUGAUGUGCUAAAGAAAUUUGUAAUUCAAGGUAUGGAAGACUGGAGCUGCCAAACUUUUUCCGACUGGUUACUGUCACACCCAGGGCAAGUGGGCCUCAUUGUGAGUCAGAUGAUGUUUUAUAACGAGGGUACGAAAGCUCUCAUGAGUUCUAAUUCAAGAGAAAAGCUAGAGGCAGUCCAUGCCCAGGUGCUGGGUCAUAUGGAUGACAUGGCAGUGCUGGUCGCACAGAAUAUCAGCAACCAGCGCAUAAGAAGCAUGCUGUCAGCAAUGAUAACCAUCUAUGUCCACUGCAGAGACAUCGUGACAGAUCUGCUAGCUAAGAACAUCUCCAGUGAAAAGGACUUUGAGUGGAUGAGACAUUUGCAAUAUAAAUGGGAUGACAAGCAAAAGUUGUGUUAUAUAACUCAAGGAAAAACCAGUUUUGCUUAUGGCUAUGAGUACUUGGGCUGUUCCCCAAGGCUGGUGAUCACCCCCCUCACGGAACGAUGCUGGCUAACUCUCUCUCUGGCACUGUACUUCAACCUGGGAGGCUGCCUUGCUGGGCCCGCAGGUGUAGGAAAAACUGAGACUGUUAAAGACCUAGCAAAAAGCUUUGGUAAACAUUGUGUGGUCUUCAACUGUUUUGAAGAUUUGGAUUAUAAGAUAAUGGGGAAAUUAUUCUUCGGGUUGGUACAGUCAGGAGCUUGGUGCUGUUUUGAUGAAUUCAACAGGAUUGAUAUAGAAGUCCUCUCCGUCCUCGCCUCCCAGAUCCUGACAAUCAAGAUCGCGAAAGACAGCUAUUCUGUGAGGUUUUUACUGGAUGGUAAGGAAAUACGUAUCAAUAUGUCAUGUGCAGUGCUUAUCACCAUAAAUCCUCGAUAUAGAGGUCGAGUUGAACUCCCGACCAACUUGAAAUCUCUGUUUCGCCCAGUGGCGAUGAUGGUGCCGCACUAUACAAUGAUCAUUGAAGUAAUUCUGUUUUUAUUUGGCUUCAAAUGUGCAAGAUCACUGUCUGGAAAGCUAGUUAACCUUUACGAUUUAGCUGACAAGCAGCUCUCAACACAGGAUCAUUAUGAUUUUGGCAUGAAGACCAUGAAGACAGUGUUAAUAAUGUCAGAGAAGAAGAAACAAGAAUAUAAACGUGACUCCAGCAAGAAUCUCUCGGAAAAUGAGGAAUCCCUGGUCAUCAUUGAGGCCAUUCAAGAAGCUACUUUAUCAAAGCUUCUUCCUGAAGAUGUCCCGACUUUUGAAAAGAUCAUAGAAGAUGUUUUUCCUGGAAUAACGGUUUCAAAAGUGCAUCACUUUGCGUUGGAGAAAGCAAUUGCUAUUGCAACAGAACAAUUAGGCUUUCAACACUGGUCACCUCAGAAAGAAAAGAUCAUACAAUUUUAUCAUCAACUUCAGGCUUGUGUUGGUGUGAUGCUAGUGGGGCCAACGUGUGGAGGGAAGACAACAAUCAGGAGAAUUUUGGAGAAAGCGUUAAUAGCGCUUCCAAUUGCCGAAAUGUUAAUACUUAAAGAAUGGCGAUCUGAGUCAAAGUUUGCAGGAAAAAAAGGAAGAGUGGACGUCUGUGUUUUGAAUCCAAAAUGUGUCACUCUUAGUGAACUUUAUGGAUAUCUGGACAUUAAUACCAUGGAAUGGCGUGAUGGGUUAUUAUCAGCAGCAAUUCGAAAUUAUGUUAGCACUGCAGAUUUCUCCAAGAGAGAUCGUGCUCAUGGACUAUUGUCAGGAAUUGGAGAUAUAUCUAAUAUUUUCCAGGUUAGUUCAUCCUCUACAACAGAUAUCGACAACAGUGUUUUUAUGAGGGAAGUAGAAAAAGAUGCUAAAAUUCCAGAAAGUCAUGACUUUGAUUGGCAGUGGAUUGUUUUAGAUGGCCCAGCCGACCCCCUGUGGAUAGAAAAUCUGAACACUGUGCUGGAUGAGACGCGAACGCUGUGCCUGGCCAACAGCGAGAGAAUCGUCCUGACCAACAAGAUCAGAGUGCUGUUUGAAGUGGACUCCCUCUUUCACACCACCCCUGCCACCAUCACGCGGUGUGCAGUCGUGUACUUGGACCCCGUUGAUCUGGGAUGGGAGCCUUAUGUUAAAUCAUGGCUUGUGAAAACUUCAAGAACCAUAAGUAAACAAGGAAUGGAUUACCUUGGAACAAUGAUGAAAAAAAGUGUUCCAGAAGGGGUCAAGUUUCUGAAAACUCAUACCAGUUUUCUGUCGUAUCCAGUGCAGGGCUUGACAGCCGUCAUAACUCUGUGCAGGAUUCUGGAAGCUUUGCUUGAAAUCAUGCACUUGACAGCUACAAAAAGGGAUGAAAACGGGAGUGACACCUCAGCUAAGGAGAAAAAUGCUGUGAAAGUCAAGUUCAAGGAUACAAAUGUGAGGGGUCUCUGUAACCUCUAUGGCCAGCAAAGUGACAAUCCACAGGUGGCAAGAAGGCAGUUCAGUUCAACACAACUUUUGGCAUUCACCGCUCCCCGCAGCCACUUCAAGAAUGAAAAUGCAUGGUUUUUGGAGAAAAACCCUGAGAAGUUAACUCUGAUGCUAGAGAAGAUUUUUGUGUUUGCCUUUACAUGGGCAUUCGGGGGACUUCUAAAACGUGAAGACGAACAUGAAGAUGACAGGCUGUUUCGCUCAAGCCUUGAAUCUAACACCGUCGUGACAGUGACCUAUGAGUUCGACAACCUUGUUCGCGAAGUAUUCGAAGAGGAUUCAGAAAAAGGCGGGCUCAACUUACCACAGGGAACAACUAUAUUUGGGUAUUUUGUGGACUUGCAUCAAUGUGAGUUUGUACCUUGGUCAGAGUUAGUACCUAAUGCUCAAACACUAAUUCAAAAAGGGACGUCGUUGGUGGCUGACUUCCAGGCGUCCACUGAGAACGUGAUGAAGCUGAAGGAGUGUGGGGAAUACGUGAACUAUACAGCUACCAGAGACACAAUCUGCCUCUCUUUCCUCAUGAGUCUCCUCCUGAAGAAUUCCUACCCUGUGCUCCUCACAGGAGACUGUGGUGUUGGGAAGACUACGAUGAUCAACAAAAUGCUUGAGAAGCUAGAGGGCCGAGGAACAUUUGAUAUUAAAGAUGAGUCCAUUUUAGGAACCGUCCUGUUACAUGAUGAAAUUAAAAAAUCAAGCCUCAGGCAGAAUAUCAACAUCCUGAUUGCUGAUCCCACCAAAAUUCUGGAUCAGAGUGCAAAAAAAAUAGAGAUUAAAAGUGAAGACACCACAGUUAAAACUGAUAAAGGAAUUAUAACUGGUACAAUAAGUCUUACCACCAACAUGACGGCUGCCAAAAUCAAGGACUUGAUUCUGCGGAAGUUAGUGAGAAGAACCAAAGACAUCCUGGGAGCCCCGAAGAACAGCCGGAUUAUAGUGUUUAUGGAUGAUUUGAAUAUGCCAAUACCGGAAACAAGUGGAGCGCAGCCACCCCUGGAAUUGAUCAGACAGUUAUUAGAUAUGGGAGGCCUUUAUGAUACUAACCAAAAUUCGUGGAAGGCUAUUCAAGAUUUUUCCAUAAUUGCCGCCUGUGCCCCUUCUGCGAGUAGAAAUGAUAUCAGUCUACGUCUCCUCAAACACUUCUCCUUACUGGCCUUGCCUCAUCCUUCACAGCGCGCCUUAAUUACUAUCUUUCAGGCUCACUUGGGAAUGUAUUUCUACGUCCAUAACUUUUUAUCUGACGUUCAGAGAUGUAGAGAUCAGCUUGUCUACUGUUCCCUGGCGAUAUAUUAUCAAGUCUGUAAGAAAAUGUUGCCAACGCCAACCAAAUGCCACUACAUCUUUAAUCUUCGAGACACAUUUAAGCUUCUGCUGGGAUUGAUGCAAGCAGACAGGAGCGUCAUCUACUCCAAGAGGAUGGCUGCUCUGCUCUUAGUUCAUGAAGCCAGCCGAGUGUUUCAUGAUCGCUUAAUUGAACCCAGUGAAAAAAUCCUUUUCUAUCAACUUCUCUCAAAAGAAGUCCAGAAGCAUCUACAGAUUCAGUGGACUCCAGAAUACCUAAUAAAGGACUCAACUGUAUUUGUGGACUUCAUGGACAUAAAUAAACCUCACAGAAAAAAGAUCUACCAGAACACCAAUGACUAUGACAAACUUCUCAUCAUACUUAAGGAAUUCCAUCAAAAGAUAAUUUUCAGUUCAGUGGAGAUGUCUCAUUCAACUGUAUUCUUCAAGGAAGCUAUACAACAUAUCGCAAGAGCUACAAGGGUCCUUCGACAACCAGGGAGUCACAUGUUAUUGGUUGGAAUUGAUGGAUGUGGAAAAGAAAUGUAUGCCACCUUGGCCUGUUAUGUAGCAGAAUGCAAACUCUGCCGAGUGCCUAUAGCUCACAACUACGCCAUCUCAGAAUUCAAAGAGAUGCUUAAAAAUAUGUUUAUUCAAGCUGGCUUGGAAGGGACCCCCACUGUCGUCUUGGUUUCCAACUUACAAGAAGAACAGGCAUCAUUUCUAGAAGAUUUGAACUACAUUAUCAAUGCAGGAAAGGUUUCUAACAUGUUUGAAAAUGAGGAGCUGGAUUCUAUUAUUUUGAGAAUUAGAACCUUUGCUGAGCAGCCUGGUUCCAUAGAUGAUAGAAAAUAUUUACUCGACUUAUUCCAAAAGAGAGUACUUAAAAACCUGCAUGUUUUCAUGAUCAUGAGUCCAGCAGGAUCUAACUUCCGCUAUAACUGUAGAAUUUACCCUUCUAUGAUUAGCUCCUGCACCAUCAACUGGUUGCAGAGAUGGCCGGAUGAGGCUCUCCUCAUUGUGGCCAACUCCUACCUAGAAGAAAAGCUGCACAUAGAAAACAGAGAGAGUAUAUUAAAACAGUUUGCCCCAACAUGCGUCGAAAUCCACAAAAGUAUUAAAGAUUUGAGCACAAAAUACUUUGAAGAAACUGGGAGAUACUAUUAUAUCACUCCCCGUAGCUACUUGAAGUUCUUAGAAACGUUUACUCGCAUUCUGAGGAUGAGACAGGAGGAGAUGGAGACAAAGAGGAAUCGCUUCUACAUGGGACUGUCCAAGAUUCUGGAAGCAACUGAGUUAGUCACAGAAAUGCAGGAAGAGCUGCUGAUUGUCAGCCCUCAAAUAGAAAUAAAAACAAAGGAAAAAGAAGCCCUGAUGGAAAAGCUGCGGAAAGAGUCACACAUAGUUGAAAAAGUUCAGGUGCUUGUGAAGCAGGAUGAGGAGAUAGUGGCUGAAGAAGUAAGGAUUGUGGAAGAGUACGCUCAGAAAACUAGCAACGAGCUAAGAAGUGUGCUGCCCGCUUUAGAGAAGUCAAUUGUGGCUCUGAAUGCCCUGGAUAAAAGUGAUAUUUCUGAAUUAAGAGUGUACACACGCCCGCCCUUCCUCGUGCUGACGGUGAUGAACGCCGUGUGUAUCCUUCUACAAAAGAAACCCAACUGGGCAACGGCAAAGCUGCUGCUUUCAGAUACAGGCUUCCUGAAGAAGCUCGUUAACCUCGACAAGGACAGCAUCCCCGAUAAGGUGUUCAUAAAGCUCAAGAAGAUUUUAAAUGUGGCUGACUUCAGCCCCAACAAGAUCGCUCUGGUCUCUGUGGCUUGUUGUUCCAUGUGUCAGUGGGUGAUAGCCCUGAAUAACUACCAUGAUGUGCAGAAGGUGGUGGGUCCGAAGCAGCUGCAGGUGGCUGAGGCUCAGAAAAUCCUUCAAAUUGCAAAGCAAAGGUUGGCGGAAAAGCAAAGAGGUUUACAACUGAUUGAAGACCAUAUGCAGUAUUUACAUGCAACCUUCAAAGAGAUUAAUGCCGAAAAACUUCAACUAGCAAACCGGAAGAAGGUGGCCACCAGGCGCCUGAAGUGCGCGGCUGUCCUGCUGUCUGUCCUGGGAGACGAGAAGAGUCGGUGGCAAGAAACAAUUGAUGAAAUGGACAGCAAGUUGAAAGGCAUCUGUGGCGACAUACUGCUUUCAUCUGCGUGCAUCGCCUACAGCGGCGUCUUGACGCCCGAGUUCCGCCAGCCCUUGAUACUGAAAUGGGAGAACCUCUGCACUCAGUACAACAUUACCUUGUCGUCCAAAUUUUCCUUAAUUGAAGUGAUGGCGGAAAAAAAUGAGAUCCGCCGAUGGCACAGUCAAGGGCUGCCUCUUGGUCAGCACUCAGCAGAAAAUGCCAUCCUGAUGAAAUGCACCCAGCAGUGGCCGUUGGUGAUUGACCCCCACAAGCAAGCACUCCAUUGGAUCCGUCAGAAGGAAGGGUCCAAGCUGCAAGAGAUAUCCGCUGAAGACAGCAGUUACCCCCGCAAAAUUAAACUCGCCAUGCAAAGUGGAGCCUGUGUCUUCUUGCAGAAUGUCCCUGAAGCAUUCCCUCCCAGCUUGAAGGCGUUAUUAAAAAAGGACAUUUAUAAGAAAAGAGAACAAUGUUAUAUCAGAAUUGAUAAUUCUGAGAUUGAAUAUAAUGAAAAGUUCAGGUUGUACUUAUCUACAGAACUGGAAAACCCCCAUUUUCUUCCAUCAGUUUAUAACUUCGUUACCAUCAUCAACUUCACUGUAACAUUCCAAGGCUUGCAAGAUCAACUCUUAUCUACAGUAGUGACUCAAGUAGUGCCUCAUUUAGAAGAUCAGCGUGCCCAGCUACUGGAGAGUAUUUCUAUUGACUCUGUAACUCUGCAGGAACUGGAGGAUAAAACACUGACCUUACUUGAGAAAACAAAAGGAAGUAUAUUAGAUGCUGAAGAAAUUGUAGAAACCCUAAGAAAAUCCAAAAUCACUUCAAACGAACUUUCGCAGCGUAUCAAAGGAACAAAAGAAGCAGAACGUAAAAUUGAAGCGAGUCGCAAGAACUACCUCCCCAUUGCCACUCGAGGCACCCUCCUCUACUUCGUGGUGACCAGCCUCACGCAGGUGAAGUACAUGUACCAGUUCUCCCUGGACUGGUUCCGGCAGAUCUUUGUUUCUUCUACAGUUGCCAAAGACAACAAACAGAAGCAAGAUGGGGAACCAGACAACAUGUCAGAGGAAAAAGCUGAUGAAGUUUCCCCAAGUACCUCAGACCAGCAGAAUCUGGAGAGCGGAGAGAAUCCCUUAGGCCAGAACAUUGAAACUACAAUAGAAGUGUUGACGAGAAACGUGUUUAAGGUGGUCUCUUCAGCUCUACUUAAUGAGCAUAAACUCUGCUUCUCCUUCCGGCUUUGCACCACAAUCAUGAGAGAAAAUGCCACUGAUGCUGUGACGUUCAACGACAUGGGAUUUCUGACAGAAGAGGAAUGGAACAUCUUCUUAUAUUCUUCCAUUUUGAUAAAUCUUAAAAAUAUACUGUCCAAGCCUAGACUGAACAGUAUAUUUGAAAUAAUUAAGGAGGAACAUCUUCAGUGGGUGCCGGAGCUGAGAUGGAGGCAGUGCCAGUACAUCGCCAGCCAGAUGGAGCCCUUCUCACUUCUCUGCAGAUCACUCUUGUCCUAUAAGCAGCAAUGGAACACCUUUAGGGACACUAAGGAUGCGUACUCUCUCCUUGACAGGCCUUUCUCCUCAGAAGAGGCUUCACCUCAGCAAAGUUCCACCUCACGAGAGUUGGCGGAACUGCUGAAUGAAGACAGUGACAUACUUGGCCCUAUAACUUUUCCUUGGGAAAACCUAACUCCAUUUCAAAGACUCAUCUUGAUUAAAAUUCUUCGCCCAGAACACUUAAAGAUUUCAGUUACAAAGUUCAUCACUGAAAAAAUGGGAUGCGAAUAUAUUUACCAGACUGCAUUUAAUCUGAAGGAAUCAUACGAACAGUCUACUGCUCAGACACCGCUGAUCCUUAUUCACUCCUAUGGGAUUGACCUCAACAACAUUCUCCGGAGAUUCGCGCAAGAGCUGAAAGGAACGCAGCCGCAGGUGAACAUCAUCUCCCUGGGCCGGGGCCAGGCAGCCAAAGCGGAAGAGCUCAUUUUCAAGUCCCUGGACAAAAAGCAUCAGUGGGUCUUCCUCCAGAACUGCCACCACGCCAUAUCCUUCAUGCCCAGACUCUGCUCUAUCAUAGAGUCGUUUAGUAGUCCAGAUAUGACGAUAGAUCCUGACUUUAGGCUUUGGUUAAGCUCAAAAUCAUAUGGGUCUUUCCCAAUUUCUAUUCUCCAGAAGGGUGUGAAGAUUGCUGUGGAACGUCCCCAGGGGCUGAAAAGCAAUUUACUCCAAAUGUUUGGCUAUAGCGGGAGUGGAGAGGUGACAGAAGAGAUAUUCGAGAAGGCCGAUUGUGGACCAUGGUGGAAAAAAAUUAUAUUCAGCCUCUGUUAUUUCAACGCUGUGAUCAAUGAGAGGAAAGUGUAUGGAACACUGGGCUGGAACAUCCCUUAUAAAUUCAACUCCUCAGACCUGGAGGCCUCCAUCAGGGUGCUGGGUAGUGUCCUCUGUGGCCAGACAGAGAUUCCGUGGAAGGAGCUCAACUGCUUGAUCGCAGAAGUGACCUAUGGUGGCCAAGUGACUGAUAAGUGGGACAAUCGAUGCCUGAUGGCUCUCUUCUACAAAUUCUGUAAUGCUGACAUUCUGAAGGCUGACUUCACUUUCUCCAGUGAUGAGAUAUACCGCCCAGUGUCCAUCUUUGCAAGCUUACAGGACUGCAUAAACCUGGUCCAGUCCCUACCAGAUGACGAGUCUCCCGAAAUACUAGGAAUACACCCCAAGGCCAAACACACCUGCAACGAGAGAAGGACUGAGAAGUUCAUUGAAAAUCUCAUCACCAUGCAGCCAAAAGUGGCCCGGAUCAGCCUCCUGAUCAAUCCUGAGCAGAGCAGCGACGAAUUGGUGAUGGAGCUCCUGACUGACAUAAUGGUCCAGCUCCCCAUUUCAGUGGAGAAUGAGGAAGUCAAGGGGCCUGAGGGCCAAGCCACAUUCAAAUGCAUUAUGUCUGGUCCAAUGUGGUCGAAGCUCCAUAAGCACGUGGAAGGCUAUGAUCCCCUUGUCCACUCUGUCUUGAUACCCUUUCUAAGGAAAGAAAUAGACUGUUUCGACAAGUUACUAUCUGUCAUCCACAAAUCCCUAAAGGAUCUUGAAGUUGCCAUAAAGGGAGAGAGCAUCAUCACUGAGGACCUGGAGGAGAUGUACGAGUCUCUCCUCACGGCCAGGGUGCCUAGGCUGUGGCAGAAGAAUGCCUACAAGUCCAUCAAGCCCCUGAGCUUCUGGGUGAGCGAUCUCCUCCAGCGGGUGAAUUUCUUCAACACCUGGGCCAAAGUGGCAUACACGGCCAUCUACCAUCGGUACAUGAAAUUUGUCGCAACCUGGAAACAGUCUUCUACAUUGAUCAGCCAGAAAUCCAAACAUGUCCUUGACACUGAGAGCGAAUCCAUGGAUGGAUUUCCGACAAGAUACUGGUUCCCUGCCUUCUUCUCUCCACAGGCGUUUCUUACUGCUGUGCUUCAAGACUACGGAAGAGCCCACGGAACCUCCAUGGAUGGCCUCACUUUCACUCACAAAGUAAUUGUUAGCACCGGUGCUGAACAAGAGACUGAAGUCUCCUUACUUGUCCAGAAAAGGCUCAACUCAGUCACCAGAGCUUUCCAGGAAAGGCAGGACCGCCCUUCCAAAGGAGUCUAUAUUUUUGGUUUAUUCAUUGAGGGGGCGCGGUGGGAUCCUGAACAGGGAGUAUUGGAAGACUCGCUGCCCAAUGAAUUACGCUGUGAUUUUCCUGACAUCCACUUUUUGCCAGAAGAGAUUGCUGAACCAUCGCAUGCUCCUGACCGGACAGACUCAGACAGUAUUUACGAAUGUCCAGUUUACCAAACAUCUGAGAGGUCAAGAAAUCUUCCUGGUUUAUCAACAAGUCUCCUAACAUCAGUGUAUUUACCAACAAAGAAACCUCCUAGUCACUGGAUCACCAUGCAGGUUGCACUGCUGUGUGAGAAGAAUGAAUGAAAUAAAUAUCCAAUA